UUCCUCAACCAGUUAACGAGCUACUCUCAGAACAAUCCAAGUACUCUCAGACAAUAUUUCACCAAGCAAUCACGUCUCCGCGCCUCUUAAUGGGCGGAAGUGAUAGUGUGAUGGUACAAUUUGAGAGGAAGCGGAAGAGAUAUGGCAGUCUAAAAUGUUGGCCUGCUGUUUUCGGAGGGAUCCUUGUGGGCUGUUGUGUAUGGUAUUAACGUAUAUGAGCGUUAGCUACGCGGAUUACGUGAUACUGGGGCACAUUUUAUUGCCUGUUUACUCCAACAGCAUCUGGUGCCCACUUCAUGCUGUUGUGUUCAACCUUCUUAUCUUCAUGGUACUGGCCUGCCACCUGCGAGCUGUGUGCUCUGACCCAGGGGUGGUGCCUCUCCCAGAUACAGCAAUUGAUUUCUCGGACCUAAGGUCAGGGACAUCACGCAAGGAUGAUCGGGAAAAUGACUGGACAGUAUGCAAUCGCUGUGAGACAUACCGUCCACCACGUGCUCAUCACUGCAGAAUUUGCCAGCGUUGUAUCCGCCGCAUGGACCACCACUGUCCAUGGAUUAAUAACUGUGUUGGAGAGAUGAACCAGAAGUAUUUCAUCCAGUUCUUAUUUUAUACAGGAUUUGCAAGCCUUUAUGCCAUAGGUCUAGUGGUGGUUACUUGGCUUUGGCAAGUGACUGAGAAAAAUGAAAGCAUGACUGAAGAAGUGAACUUACAUCUUACCAAUGCCCAACU